AUGACUCGAGUUUUCCCAAAAAACGAAUGCGCACCUUCUCAAGGGGCGCGAGACACAAUCAGUGACCCUUAUUCGGAUUGGAAUGCCUCUAGCAGUGCUCCUGCUCCCUCUCAUUCGAUUCGCAAUACUCCCGGCAGUGUUCCUUUUCAUCCGAUAUGGAAUCUCCCCGAGGAAUCUACAUCUGACAGAUCUACACCCAAGCCGAUCCCUCCGCCAAUUCGCAGAAUGGGACUUGCGUCUGUUCCUAUCGAAACGGAUCUCUCAGAGAGGAUGUCAGAUUUGUCAGUCGGUGGAAUUCCGGAAGAGCCCUUAGAUGCGAGGCGGGCGAGUGGCAUAAGGGGUCUAAUUAGACGCGCCUCGGUAUCGAUAAAGAAUAGAAAGCGGAGGCAUUCGCAUACUACCGAAGAGCGACCAUCAUCUUCCUCAUCCCCAUGGCACAGAUUACGACAAGCUACAAGUUUUAACAGAAAUUCGAGGUUGUUAUCGCCUCAUGGUGAUGGUCCUGUGGAUUCCUGUUCAGAAUUAACAUCACCGAUACCUGGAUAUGGCGGGGCACCGCCGAUCAUACCGACUGGUACGGGUGGCGCCGCAAGAGCUACGGCAGCUGCGCAAAAUCUCUUCAAGAACCGACAAUUUUUAGCAUCAGAAGAUACACAGCAGAAUGAUCGGGAAAGUGCUAUUGGCAUAGCGAUGACUACGAAUAUUGAAUCGAUGCAAGCCUUAGAUGCGUCAAUUAGCAGGGUAGAUUUCGUACGAGUCCUCCCGCUGGAACUUUCUAUUCAAGUCUUAGCGUAUCUGGAUUAUCGCUCUCUCCUCAAUGUCGAAUUGGUUUGUCGCAAAUGGGCAUCUACGGCUGGGUCACAACAUGUUUGGCGUGAGGCUUUCUUAAGACAGAAAUCUCGGGGUUAUGCUAUGAGCGGGCCAGUUGCGCCAGGAGCAGGACUUGGCGUUCCGACAUUAAACCCCGACACGGAUUGGAAAGACGUAUAUCGCAUCAAACAAAUAUUGGAGAAGAGGUGGAGUAGGGGGAUGGCAACGACAACAUACCUCAUGGGGCAUUUGGAUAGCAUAUAUUGCUUACAAUUCGAUGAGUCCAAAAUUAUUACGGGUUCUCGAGACAGGACGAUUCGAGUGUGGGAUUUGAAAACUUAUACUUGUACCUUGGUUAUUGGGCCUCCAGGAGUUGUGAACGAUUCCUCUACCAUGACUGCUAGUGAUGGUACUCUUCAGCACCAUGCGACCGGUCCCAAUCAAAAACGAUAUGCCCAGACUAAACCACCAAUGGUCUCGUUCCCAGUUCAUCAUGACGCAUCGAUUUUGUGUCUUCAGUACGACGAUGAAAUCCUUGUAACUGGUUCAUCAGACAGCACAUGUAUCGUGUAUGACAUCAAGAAAGGAUAUAAGCCAAUGAUGCGUCUACGUCAUCAUACCGCGGCUGUACUUGAUGUUGCGUUCGAUGAUCGAUAUAUCGUUACAUGCUCGAAGGAUGUUACUAUCUGUAUCUGGGAUCGUCGCUCGGGGGAGUUGAUUAAGCAACUUCGUGGACAUUCAGGACCAGUCAAUGCAGUACAAAUGAGGGGAAAUACCAUCGUUAGCUGCAGUGGAGACUUCCGAGUCAAGUUAUGGAACAUUGACACGGGCAAGAAUAUUCGAGAAUUUUCCGGUCAUACCAAGGGUUUGGCCUGUAGUCAAUUUUCCGAGGACUCAAAAUACAUUGCUUCGGCUGGUAACGACAAAGUCAUCCGCAUUUGGGAUGCUAAUACGGGAGAAUGUUUAAAGAAAAUUCCGGCUCAUGACAAUUUGGUUAGAUCUUUACAUAUAGAUUCGGCUAGUGGAAGAUUGAUUUCAGGCAGCUAUGAUCAAGAUAUCAAAGUCUGGGAUAUGGAAUCUGGACGAUUACUUCUGGAUUUCCCAAAGUGGCACGCUAGUUGGGUUUUGGGGGCCAAGAGUGAUUAUAGGAGGCUUAUCAGCACGGGACAGGAUCCGAAGAUUCUUGUCAUGGACUUUGGGCAAGAUAUCAAGGGGAUUGAGAAGUUAGAGAGUAUUACAAGGGGUGGGAGAAGUGGGAGGGGAAGGAAUUGGGAAUUAUAG